UUCAUAUUUUCCCACGGACGUCACGAGUGAAAUAACUUCUGCAUUGAGCCAGAUUGUCGUGUCCGCGAUCUGAGGCAGACUGGCACAGCACUGGUUUACAAUGGGAUUAAGAAAGCAUGCCAGGCAAAAAGGAUGGAUUCUUUACUUUGCUGUACUUCUGCAGACCGGAGCGGGGUCCCGAACUCCUGCAGAGGGUGGCGUAGAUUCGCUGGAAACGCGCUGCUCCAUUGCCCGGAAGAGCCACUGCAGCAAUUGGGACACAAAGAAGAUUCCAUGCUGGCUAUUUGAGUGGAAUGUGCAGAGCCCAAAUAUUAGCCAAGUGAAGAUCCAACCACACGAAACAGCCACGAUCAGUGUUGAACACUUCCCAUCUCCACAGACUUGCUCCUGGAACUACAGCACAAAUAGCUCUACCUACUCUGAGAAGGACACAGAGGGGAUCUACACUGUACAUAUUUCCCAGGUCACUGAGAGGGAUUCUGGGAAUUUUUCCCUGUGCUGUGAGUCUGGCAACCAGCGCAUCUGUGUGGCUUUUUCAGUGACAGUUGAGUCCCGACCAUCCACGCCACAGCUGAAAAUUUUGCCUGGAGGAAAAGGACGUUCCAGUACUUAUGAGUGUAGCUCAAUGGGUUUCCCCAAACCAACAAUCAGCUGGACCCCUAAAACCUCCAGCAGGCCCAUACCAUUGUCUACUCAGGGGAGCACAGCUGUGAGCAUGGUGUCAAGCUUCGAACUCUACAACAAGACUGUUCUAUGCUGUGCUGAAAACAGUCUGGGCAAGGAGUGUUCCAGACUGUACAAUUAUGACCUAUGGCUUCCAGACUCCACUGAAGUUUCUGUGGUUGCACUGACCCCAGGUCAGCCUCUGCUAUUACGCUGCAGUGAUAAAGAACCCUACACCACUGGAUUACGCUGGUUGCCUAAGAAAGAUGGCCUCCAGGUAUUGCAUGAUGACAUGGGCUCUCAAUCACUGACCUAUUUGUUCAUCGAUUCUGUGAAUGAGGAUCACAGUGGCAUGUACACCUGCAUAUCCCAUGACAACAGAACAAAGUCCACCUAUGUGCAAGUUCGUGAAGGAGGAUUUAUAAACCUGGUGGAGCUGAAUGAAGUGAACAAUGUAUUGGCGAGGGACAGGGCCAAGUUCUGCUUCCGAGCAGUACUUUUUGCCCAACCCAAGCCACAUUGUCACUGGCUUACUCCAAAUGGGAAGGUACCAUGCCCAGAGCGCAGCGCAUUCUGGGGGAACAGUACUUUUGAGCUGUGUGAUCUUGCUCCAGGCCUGUAUCAGUUUCAUGUGGAAAACAGCAAGGCAUGCAUCACAAGGAACUUGUCCCUCUGUGUCACAGACAUGCCCAGUGUGAGUCUCAUUCAGGAGGCAGACAGGUUCAGCUGCAGAACCAACAGCACUAUGCCAUUGAAGAUCACCUGGAAGACCUGCCCACCCUCUACCAACUGCCUGGAUGCUUCCUCUUGGAGAGGUGAGCGAGAUCAACCACUGCACGUGUCAAAGUCUGAAAGGCUGUGUCAGAAGGAAGUGUCCAGUUCCUUGCCCCUGGCCGAUUUGGAGCACCAAACCAAACUGAAAUGCUGUGCCUACAACUCUGCAGGCGAGCGUUGCAGCCAGGAAAUAUCACUGCUGAAAUACAAUUCCUCUACUACUUUACUAUUGCUGAUGGGCUUGAUGGGCAUUUCCUUGCUACUACUCACCACUACAUUGAUCGCCUCUUUCAGGAAGAAGAAGCCCCAGUAUGAAAGCCAGCUUAGGAUCGUGCAGAUGAUCGACAAUGACUACGUUUACAUCGAUUUUAAACAGUUCCAGUAUGACCAGCGUUGGGAAUUUCCUCGUGAGAACCUGGAGCUGGGGAAGGAGCUUGGGUCAGGAGCUUUCGGCAUGGUGGUGGAGGCCACAGCCUAUGGGAUCUGCAAACCAGGAGUCUCCGAACAGGUGGCGGUGAAGAUGCUGAAAGAGAAGCACCAGACAGUGGAGAAGGAAGUUCUGAUGUCAGAAUUGAAGAUGAUGAUGCAUAUUGGUAACCAUGUCAACAUUGUCAACCUGCUGGGGGCCUGCACUGGCUCAGGGCCUACCUACCUCAUCUUCCAGUACUGCGCUAAGGGAGACCUUCUCAAUUACCUGAAGACAAACAGAGAAAGGUUUCACCAAUCUCUGACUGACGUCUUCACCAAAAACCACUUCAGCUGCCUGUACCACAAUUUCCAGUCACAGUGCACGCACAGUGGUGGGCCAACCUCCUUCCAUAGCCCCGACGUGGUUCCUGCUGCAACCAGAAAGCCAGAGACUCAGGAGCUCCUCACUGGCCUGGACCCUCCUGAAGACCAGUGUGAUGGGAUCUAUGAGGAAACCGAUUUAUCUUACGAGGACGAGCUGCAGGUGCUGACCUAUGAUGACCUGCUGAGCUUUUCUUACCAAGUGGCCAAGGGCAUGGAAUAUCUCUCCUCAAAAAAUUGUAUACAUCGUGAUUUGGCUGCAAGGAAUGUGCUGGUGACCCGCAACAAAACUGUGAAGAUUGGGGACUUUGGACUUGCCAGGGACAUUGAGAAAGACUCCAACUAUGUUGUCAGGGGAAAUGUGCGGCUACCAGUGAAGUGGAUGGCUCCAGAGUCUCUUUUCAAGGGAGUGUACACCAUGCAAAGUGAUGUCUGGUCUUAUGGAAUCUUACUGUGGGAAAUAUUCUCUCUCGGUGUUACACCAUAUCCAGGGAUGAAGCUGGAUCAGAACUUCUAUGGUCUGAUUGAAAAUGGCUUUCAGAUGGACCGGCCAUACUAUUCCAGUGAGCCAGUGUACCAGGUAAUGCAUCUUUGCUGGGCACUAGAGCCAAAUGCCCGGCCAACAUUCUCAAGACUGGUGGCCUUCAUGGAGACUGAGCUGGAGGACAUAGAGGAAAAGGUGUACUCCAACAUCACAGGAAGCUCAUCCAGAAUUUACAAGAACAUCCCUCAGAUCCUAAGAGGAAUUCCGGAGUCCAGCACCUCAGUGGAACUGAUCCAAUCUCCAUAGCAAUACCGCAGUGUCAUUGCCUCAGAUUAAACUUUCAGUCAAAAAGAUACACACACAAACACAUCACGCACAUUUUAACCAUUUAACUGGAGUAAAUAUUCAAGGUUUAUUCAAGGUGGUCACACUCUCAGGUAAAUCUGUAAAGCCCAUGUAAACCAAUCCACCUAAUUGUAUUAAGUAUUUACAAUGUACACCUUCAGAAAUUGCUUGCUUCUUCUAUAUAAAAAUAUGCUAUGUCUAUAUAACAAUAAUAUUUCUGUUCAGUGUAUGUUUGAGUAAAACGUAAUAGCUAUGGAAUUCAAUGGUUCUAUGUAUUCAAUUAUAAAUCUACAAUUGCUUGUUGUUAUCUGAUUUUUUCUUUAAACAAUGCAGUUUUUGAAUGAAACGUGCUGAAUUCCUCUCCCAGUGGCAUCAGGGAAAGGGCUGGUGUAUGUAUAUACUUAUAGCAUAUCUCAAGUGCACAGGGGUGUUCUUGAGUAGUUAAAGUGACUGGAAAGGAAAAUCUGUGAAUGGAUUCAUACUACAUUGUAUGGGGUUAUUAUGGUAUGUAUUAAGCAUCAACAAAAUUAGAGAAAGAAAAUGCAUUGCAACAUUGACUUACAGUAUAUCAGUCUAAACAUUUCCAUCUAUUCCUAUGUGAGGAUUAAAUUCAGUUUAUUACUUGAGUCUGAGCUAUUGGUGAUACAAAAGGUGAUAUGCUCCAAGUUGUUUAACAAAUCUAGAUAAAAAUACCAAUAAAUAUAAGCUGAGAUUCGGA